AUGGCGGCCAAAACCGGAGCAGCUGCGGCGCCUCAUGAGAUUUUCGACACAAUCCUUCUCUUGGACUUUGGAAGCCAGACCUCGCAUCUGAUCCUCAGAGGUCUCAGAUCACUCAAUGUGUUCUGCGAGAUCAUGCCAUGCACCACCAAGAUCAAGGAUCUGACUUGGAAGCCCAAAGGAAUUAUCCUCAGCGGAAGCCCCGCGUCUGUGACUGAUGCGGGAGCUCCUCACGUCGAUCCUGCCAUCUUUGAUCUGGGCGUGCCCAUCCUCGGAAUUUGCUACGGUUGCCAGGAACUUUCCUGGCGCGAAGUCUCUGAUUCCGUUGCCCCAGGCAAGGCUCGGGAAUACGGACAUACAGAUCUUACCAUUUUUAAAGUCGAUGGCCCCGACCAUUCCAACAAGCUCUUCGAGGGUCUGGGAGAGUCUAUGCACGUCUACAUGAGCCACGAUGACAAGCUCAUCAAGCUGCCAAAUAAUUAUGCCGUGAUUGCCAGCUCGCAGAACUCCGAGUAUGCCGGAAUUGUCCACAAGACGAAGCCGAUCUACGGAAUACAAUUUCACCCCGAAGUCGAGCACACCCCGCGCGGCAUAGAUCUGCUGAAGAACUUCGCCGUCAGCAUCUGCAAGGCCCAGCAGCACUGGGUCAUGAGCGACUUCAUUGAGCAUGCGAUUGCCAGCAUCCGCGAGCGCGUCGGCGACAAGGCUCAAGUCAUCGGAGCUGUCUCAGGUGGUGUCGACAGCACAGUCGUUGCUCGGUUGAUGAAGGAGGCUAUUGGUGACCGGUUCCACGCCGUCCUCGUCGACAACGGCGUCAUGCGUUUGAACGAGUGCGCAGAUGUGAAGAAGGCGCUUCAAGAACAUCUCGGCAUCAACCUCACGAUCAUCGACGGAGGGGCGCUGUUUCUUGGUCGGCUCAAAGGCGUCACGGAGCCCGAAACGAAGCGGAAGAUCAUCGGCGGCACUUUUAUCGACCUAUUCGAGGAGGAGGCCAUCCGCAUCGAAAAGGCUGCUGAGAACACUGCCAAUGCCGGCAAGGUGGAGUUUUUCGUCCAGGGCACUCUAUACCCUGACGUCAUCGAAUCGCUUAGCCUGAACACGAACAACACGGUGAAGACGCACCACAACGUUGGCGGCCUUCCGGCUCGGAUGAUGAACGGCCAAGGCCUCAAGCUGAUUGAGCCCCUGAGAGAGCUAUUUAAGGACGAGGUCCGGGCCUUUGGCCGGAAGCUGGGCAUUCCGGAUGACCUGGUCAUGCGGCACCCAUUUCCGGGCCCAGGUAUCGCGAUCAGAAUUAUCGGAGAGGUCACACCCGAGCGCGUUGAAAUUGCUCGCAAGGCCGACCAUAUCUUCAUCUCCAUGAUCAAGGAGGCAGGAAUUUACGACAAGAUCGCCCAAGCCUAUGCCGGCCUGGAUUCUAACAGAGCUGUGGGAGUCAUGGGAGAUGCCCGCGUCUACGGAUACAUUAUCAUCCUUCGCGCCGUCAUGUCCACUAACUUUAUGACGGCUGAGCCUUACCCAUUCGAUUUCUCGUUUCUGACACAAGUGUCCCGGAGAAUUAUAAACGAGGUUCCUGGAGUCGCUCGCGUAACCUAUGAUAUCACGAGCAAGCCUCCUGAGUCACCCGAGAGCAGCGGCUAUUUGACGAGAACCAGACAGAGACAUCCCAUACCACUGACAUUACCGCUCAUCCAACAGUGCAUUUUGUGCUAUGGAAGGACCUGUAAGCAUGCUGAGAGCCCCUUUCCCGUCCUCUGCUUCCUCGGUCCCCCCACUUCCACUCUGCAGCUUGCUGACAUGGACGGUGGCCAAAAGGAUGUGAUCGUGCCGUCGCUCGAGACGGUGAGCGAAGUGCUAGCCAAUGUGGUGACGACGGCUAAGGCAGAGGCGGCCAAGGGGCCUGGGUCGACAUACCGACGGCCGAACUUGGUGCCGGUAUACGGGCAGAUCUCGUCGGACCUGAUAACGCCGUCGGCAGCAUAUCUAAAGGUGUCGGCGCACUCAGGGUCGAAGCACUCGUUCCUAUUUGAGAGUGCGGCAACGGAACGGGUGGGCCGAUACAGCUUCCUGGCAGCGGGGCCGCGCAAGGUGCUGGAGACGGGGCCGGGGUUCGGCGAGGCGUGCGACCCGCUGCCGGGACUGGAGGUCGAGCUGUCGCGGUUUGUGGUGGCCCAUGUUCCAGGGCUGCAACUGCCGCCUCUGGCGGGUGGUGCGGUGGGCUACGUGUCGUACGACUGCGUGCGCUAUUUCGAACCGAAGACAGCACGACCGCUCAAGGAUGUUCUGAAGAUCCCCGAGUCUCAGUUCUGUUUCUACGACACGAUCGUGGCGUUUGACCGGUUCUUCGGCAUUAUCAAGGUGAUCACGUACCUGCAGCUGGACGCGGUGGCGCAGGACAGCACGACGGGGACGUACGAGGCAGCGGCAGUGGCAGCAGAAUACCGACGGGCGACAGGGGUGAUCCGGGCACUGAUCGACGUGCUGAACGGGCCGACGAUCCCGCUGCCGGAACAGAAGGAGGUGGUGCUGGGGCGUGAGUACACGUCCAACGUGGGGCAGGCGGGCUACAUGAGCCAUGUGGCGCGGUUGAAAAAGCACAUUGAGGCGGGCGACAUCAUCCAGGCGGUGCCAUCGCAGCGGUUUGCACGGCCGACGGAUCUGCACCCGUUUAAUGUGUACCGGCACCUGCGGACAGUGAACCCUUCGCCAUACCUGUUCUACAUUGACUGCGGCGGACGACCUCAGAUCGUGGGGGCGUCGCCGGAGCUGCUGGUCAAGACCGAGGGCGGGCGCGUGGUGACGCACCCGAUCGCCGGCACGGUGAAGCGCGGCCGCACACCGGAGGAAGACACCGCGCUGGCCGAGGAGCUGCGGCAGUCACUCAAAGACCGGGCUGAGCACGUGAUGUUGUGUGACCUGGCACGCAACGACGUCACGCGGGUCUGCGAUCCGCGCGAGACCCGGGUCGACCGGCUGAUGGUGGUGGAAAAGUUCUCACACGUGCAGCAUCUGGUGUCGCAGGUCUCGGGCGUGCUGCGGCCGGGCUGCUCGCGCUUCGACGCCUUCCGCAGCAUCUUUCCAGCCGGCACGGUCUCGGGCGCGCCCAAGGUGCGGGCCAUGGAGCUGAUUGCCGAGCUGGAGGGCGAGAAGCGUGGCGUGUACGCCGGUGCUGUCGGCUACUUUGGCUACAACGGCGUGGCCGCUGACGGGGUCACGCCCGUGGACGGCCAGAUGGACACGUGCAUCGCCCUGCGCACCAUGGUGCUCGCCGACGGCGUGGCCUAUCUGCAGGCCGGUGGUGGCAUCGUGUUCGACAGCGACGAGUACGACGAGUGGGUCGAGACCAUGAACAAGCUGGGCGCCAACAUGCAUUGCAUCACCUCGGCCGAGCAGCUGUAUGCGCGGCGGCAGCAGGGAGAGUAG